CCUCAGCGGGGGCCGCCGCAGGUGCCUCCCCGCCUGCAAACCGCGGUUCAGCCCCUGAGGGGAAGAGGGCGGGGCGGGCUCGGUUCGCUCCGCACCGCUCCGCUCCGCUCCGCCGCGGGGGUGCCGGCGGCUCCACCAUCACCUGUGGUAGCGGCGGGAUGGCGGAGCUCGACAUCAGCCCGGCGGCCGUGCUGGGCUUCCUGCGGGAGCGCGGCGGGCGGGUGCGCAACGCCGAGCUGGUGAGCGCCUUCCGGCCGCUGGUGGAGGCCGGCGGGGCGGCGGCGGCGGCGGGGCGGCGGGAGAGGUUCGAGGCGGCGGUGAACGCCGUGGCGGUGGUGAAGGAGCGCGACGGCGCCAAGUUCGUCGUCCUGAGGCGGGAGCUGCGUCCUCCCGCCCCGCCGCCGGGGGCCGCGCUGGCGCCGGGGGGCGAUGGCGCCGGCGGCGUCCCCCUGCCCGUCCCAGCCGGGCGGCUCUCGCCGGUCCCCCCCGAGGAGCAGCCAUGGCCGCGGGCUGUCUCCGAGCUGCGGGAUCUCUUCCAGGGCGGCGGUGGUGGGGUCCCCCUGCCCGCUGGUGUCGGGUGGUCCCGGCGGGAGCCGCUCCCCAAGCCCUGCAUGCUGCCGGUGCGCUGCGUGCCACCCCCCACCGCCCCAGGGCCGCCCGAGGAGCCGGGGUCCCCCUUAUCACCCCCAACACUGCCGGAGGAGGAGGCCGGGUCCCGCUCGCCCGGCUUGCGGCGGGGGCUCAAAAACCAUCGGGCCGGCGAGGAGAUGGCAGCGGUGCCUCUGGAGGAGGCCGAGCACCAGUGGCUGGUGAUGGCGGCCGAUGGGCAGUGGACCCAGCAGCUCCACGGGCUGCUGCUGGGCGACGCCAGCUUGGCGGCCCGGCGGGACUUCAUCUCGGGCUUCACUGCCCUGCACUGGGCCGCCAAGAGCGGCAACUGCGACAUGGUGACCAACAUCAUCCGGGCGGCCGAGAAAGGGGGGGCCCGUGUCAACGUGGAUGCCAGGUCGCACGGCGGCUACACGGCGCUCCACUUGGCCGCCAUACACGGCCAGGAGAAGAUCAUCACCAUGCUGGUCUACAGCUACCACGCCAAGACCGACCUGAGGGACUACAGCGGGAAGAAGCCGCACCAGUAUUUAAAGGAAGGGGCCUCCUCAACGGUCAGGCGCUUGCUGGGGGACCCCAGCCUUUCCCACAACGUGGAGCCCUCCGUGCCCAUCAAGAAGACCACAAAGCUGGCGGCUUCAAUCUUGAGCUCCACUAGCACUUUCCUGGGGGUCAUAUCUGAUGACAUGGCUUUCUGUGAUCUCACCAAAGGUUUGAGGAAGCCCUCAUCCUUAAACAAGCUCCUGGCUGCCACUACAGGCCCAAGGAGGAAGCCAAAGACCAGAGGGGGCUUCCCUUCAUACUCCUCCCUCUCCGAGGUAAUGGAGGAGGAGGAAGAGGAAGUCGUCGUGAAGCGCAGACCUGUUUCUGAGCUGUUCUUUGGCCACUAGCCUCUGCCUUCUUGGGAUCAAAAUCAUUUUAAUAAUGUGACUGGGGUCUCGAUUUUCUCUCAUGGAAGCAGCUUGGAUUUCUUCUCCCCGUGUCUGCCUUUUUGGAUGUUUGACUAAAUCAGCGAUAGGGUCUUGUCUCCAGAGGCCACUGGAUGGAACCCAGCUCACAGAUGCCUGGGGAAAGGGAGCUGCCCGGCAAGUGCUAUACAUGCUGUAUGUACUGUCCUGAUGAUGUAUCGAUGGAGACCACAGACUUUCUACUUAAUGCUUGAAAAACUGAAACAACCUCUGUGUGUAAACAGGUUACAAUGAAUAAGGUACAGCCUUCUUGAUCAGGUUCUUCGGCUGGUGAGCAAAAGUAAGGUAAAGAAUUGCAUAUUCUACACUGUGAACAGCAAGCUGGUAGCUGGCUACUUUAACAUGGCUUGUUAUAUAGCAGACUUAUACUAGAGGAAAGAUGCAUAGUUUUCUAUGAUGUUCCUGAUUAUUUUGGUAACAGAAGAGGAAUAUUUCUAUUUAAAAAAAAAAUGUGUACUUUUUCAUAACAAAGUUUCUUACUAUCAGAAAUACUAACAUAACACUCUCAAUUGUUGCCUAAUGCAUUUUAUUAGAUGAACAAUUUUCAAAAAAAUAAAAACCCCUCAGCACUCAAGUCACCAUGACCUGUCUACCUCAGUUUGAAAGCUAGGUUAGCAUUUAAAAUUUUUUUUUCUCUUCCUGAAAGACUUUUUGAUCAGGUGGUACUAACCACAUGUCUUGAUGAUACUGUGAACAUUUAAACUUGACUACAGUUCAAUCACUUAAUCUGAAUAAAAAACUUGUUGAUAUUUGAUAGUGAAAAACCAAAUUGAAAACUGGGAAUCGGAUCCCGCAGAGUUUCCAAGUAGCCAACUGGAAGCAAAGUUAGGCUUGUAUGUCUGAUUCUUUUUAUUUAAAACUUGGCCUUUGAUUUUGACCUAUUUACAAUAUUUACAAAAUUGGGCUUUAUGUUAUGUUAGGUGUUUCAUGAUAGAAUGUUUGCAUGACCUCUUAACGCAAUGUUUAUCCCAACAGCAUGAAUCAUGGGUCUAAAACUAACUCUUCUUCUUCUCUAUUAUAAACAUAAUUGUUCUAUAUAUAGAACUACGCACAGCUCCAAAAAGCAUGCUAACUGCAGGUUAAGUAAUACCUUUGCAGUGAGAUUACUAUUUUUUUAAUUACUAUUUGGUUAAUGUGAAGAGGCAGAGCUAAGAACAGAAACUGUCUGGGGCCAGUCUGCUAAACCAUCAUAUUUUCUCUAAAAAUGUAACUAAAACCCUGUGCAAGUCAGAGGUGACGAAGGUGAUGGCGAUACUGCGCUUGCUCUGCUUUUCAGCCCCGCCAGGUGUUUCGGUUUCUCUACUGAAACCUUUGUUUGCAUGCUUUGCCUUUCUUUCCAAGUCAGUGACUUUGAGAAUGUUUUGUUCAGCCUUGAAUUAAGCCUAGUACUUCUAAUUGGCUGUAAUUGGCUUCUCCCAAAUGCUGGGCACGGAAUGCUGUAGGACUGUGCGGAAGAUGGAGGCACUGCCCUGUUUUACUGUGAAACGUUCUCCCUGAAUUCCCUGGAGUUGGUGACAUUCGUUGGGAGUGUAAGCAGCGAUUGCAGAGGGGUCUGAUCCACCUGCCCUUGGAAGAGACUGGAUUAUUCUGCACUGGUCUGCUUCUGUAUUGAACUGUUUAAGUUGUUAAGCAAACAUUAAUGAUCAAGCACCUCAUGAUUUACAUAUCUGGAGUAGGGCUUAAAAAAACAAUAAAAUCCUGUUUGCUCCAUAGCUGCCGGUGUGACCAUUGACCAGCGUGGCCAUUCAAAACCUGGCUUUGUGCUGCACUAUGUCAGCUUGCAGAGUUCCAGGAAAAAAAAAAAAAAAAAGUUUGUUGCUCUGUUUUAAAAAGUCUUCCCAAGCUUACUGACACUAAACACUUUUCCUGUAUUUACUGAAACCACAGAAGCACGGGUGUGCGUUCGUGUUGUGUCCGAGGCACUGGCAGGACUGGGGCUGCCUGGUAAAUGUGUUUUGUUUCCACGUGAAUUGGAAACGCUCCCUGGUUUGACUUGGCCUUACGGCAAAGUUUGUUCAUUAGUUAUGGGUAUAUGCUUGAUACCUGUUCGAAUAACAUAGCUGAAUUUUUAGUGCUAAUUCUGAGUAAAACCUACGUGAAUUGGAGGCAA